UACUGCUCUUCUUUGUCAAUGUAAGAUGUGGUAUAUUAUGUACUAUACAUAAUUUCACUACCUCCAAUUCCCUCAGUUUUAUCACCAACUACCAAUGGGAUAAUACUCUCCUCAUCAGUGGAGUCUGAGAAUGGACAUGUAACAGUGUGUCCUGAUACCGCCAUCACAUUCACCUGCUCAGACACUCUAGUCUUGGGUAUGAGAUGGUUUGCUCUUCCUCUUCUCAAUGAAGACAACUCUCCUGUUCUGGGAUCAGAUAUUGAUAUUGGAGAUCCUAUACUAGUGGAGGAUGUGUUCACUAUCACUCUAGUGGCCAGGGAACUGAUGAUGGGUGACUUUCGUGGCAACUAUACCUCCACUCUGGAUGUAGUGGUGAAUGAUAGAAUACAGAAUGGAACCAAUGUCACCUGCUUCACACCUAAUGUGGCCUCUCUUCUCAUUUUCCAACAAGGUCUUCCACUUCCUCCAGAUGUCAAUGUCAGACAUAGUUAGUGAUUCUAUUGAGGAGUUUACAAUCUGCCUCACAUGGCAGAGACAGAAGUCUGAUUUGUACUACCUGAUCAACACUAGCUCUGGCAUGGGAUAUAACCAAACAUCCACUGAACUCUGUCUGACAGCAGAGUAUAAUACUCCUCUACAAGUCUCAGUGGUGGCUGUGAAUUGUACAGG